CACGACUAGACGGGCUGUUAUCAGCCAAUUCACUAUCAACUCACAAGAGUUCCGAUUAGCAGAAACUCGCCAUGUUACUCUGGCCUCCCCCCUCCCUCCCUCGAACGAGAUUAAUGCUUUCUAGGUCUGUUGUCUGAAUGACACGCUGUGCCUGAAAUCGUCCCGAAUCUGAGACACACUCGCAAACACGCACUCGCACUGACUCUGCCGCGCCGGCAUCCACGGGAGCCAAGGACAGACGCAAUAAACAGGAAAAAAACAGGAGCAGUGGCUUUAGAAUCCCGGCCGGAUAUCCCAUCUUCAUACGAAAACGGACAGCGCAUCGACAUGAAAGAGGCGGCAGUGAACCUCCACGACCCGAACGUCACGUUCGAGGAGUAUCUCUACUGGGCCAGUGUCACACGCGCCGAGGAGAGCCUGGAAAACGAGCGGUUCUUGCAGGCCCAGGGCCCUUUGACGUUGAAGAGGGUGAUCAAGGACCGGUUCAGGAAGGGCGAUGAGCACGAGGUGUUCCAGAGCGGGGGCGGGGACGCGGGCGCGGGCGCGGGCGAUGGUGAGAAGACCGACCGUGAUAGCGACAAGGCUAUGCAACCCGCGGCGGAGGGCGACGGCGGCGCAGUCACGCCCGAGGAGUGGAAGAGGGCCAGCCGGGCGAUGAGGACUGCGGGGUGGGGGGCGAUAUUCUACCUCAUUACGACGGAUAUCCUGGGUCCGUUUUCGACACCAUGGGCCUUUGCGCAGAUGGGCUACGGGCCCGGCAUCGCGCUGUUCACCGUCUUCGGCGUCAUGUCAUACUACUCCGGCUGGCUCCUCUACAGGUCCUUCCUAGGGCUCGAUUCGGACCGAUACCCGCUGAAGGGCUACGGCGACUUGUACUUCCGCGUCUUCGGGGCCGGCGCGCGGCACGCCGUCAACUUCGCCCAGGCCCUGCAGCUCCUGCUGUUCGUCGGCGUGCUGAUCCUCGCCAACGGGCAAUCCAUCUCGCAGAUCUCCAAGGGCCCCGACGGCGGCGCGGGCAUCUGCUUCGUCGCGUGUCUGGUCAUCUUUGUGGCGGCGGGGUUCGUGCUGGGGCAGGUGAGGACGUUGCAGCGGUUCUCGUGGGCUGCCAACGUGGCCGUCUGGUUCAAUUUGUUGGUCAUCUUCAUUUGCAUGGGCGUCGUGGCGCACUCCCCGCCAAACUUCGCCGCGACACAGGCCUCCUUCGGAGACGCCUUCGGCCCCGGGCCCGUGGUGACCUACGCCGGCACUCCACCUCCCGGCAGAGCCUCGGGCGGCUCCGGGUUCCUGGGGUCGAUGAACGGGCUCAACCAGGCCGUGUACUCGUACGGCGGGUGUCUCAUCUUCGCGGCCUUCAUGGCGGAGAUGCGGCACCCGAUGGACUUCUGGAAGGCUCUGCUGUGCGGCGAGGUCUUCAUCUACCUGUGUUACCUCAUCUUCGGCCUGUACGUUUACUCGUACCAGGGCCAGUACGCCUUCAACCCCGUCACGCAGGGCCUGUCGCCGUACUGGUGGCAGACAGCGACCAACAUCCUGGGGCUGGUGACAGGGUUGAUCGCGGCCGGGCUGUACGGCAACAUCGGGAUGAAGGUGCUCUACGUCGAGCUGCUGCAGGAAGUCUUCGGGGCCCCGCCGCUGACGGAGACAGCGGGCAAGGUGCUGUGGGCGGUCGUGAUCCCGGUCUACUGGGCGCUCGCCUUCGUCGUGGGCGCCGCCGUGCCGCAGUUCUCGCUCAUAUCGGGCUUUAUCGGCGCGCUGUUCAUCCUGAGCUUUACCUAUACGCUGCCGGCGCUCCUGGGGCUCGGGUUUUGGAUCAGGAGGGACGCGAUGGUGCCCGAGGAGGAGACGUUCGACCCCGCGACGGGGCGGUACGUGUACGUCGACGGCGGGUUCCGGCGGUACUGGAGGGGGUUCAUGAAGAGGCCCGUGUUCAACACGUGGAACGCGGUCUACAUGCUAGGCGGUCUGGUGACGACGGGGCUGGGCAUGUAUUCGUCCAUCGAGGGGCUGAUUGAGGCGUUCAACGGCAAGUCUCAGGCUACGAGCUUCGGGUGUAGUAGUCCGGUCUAAGUUAUUUCGCAUGAGACAUGCAAGCAAGUAUGGUCGACUUGGUGGCAAUUUUUCAUUAUCUUAUCUCUUACUGUGGUCUUGCUCAUUCGUCUUAAUUUAGUAUCAUCAGUUGCGAGCCUGUUGUACUUUUCGGUCCCUCUUCUUAAUGUGAUAGCGAUGCCCGAAUGUCCCUUAAGCUCGGGCAAAUCUUCUGCAUGUUGCGCAGAAUAUUACGCCCGGCUUUCUAUCGUCAUUCUCAUCUGAGCUUCCACGGGUUGGCAAGUAGAGCCUCCCUUGGUACAACUGUCGGGAUGUCGGGCGCAACGCCGUGGCUUACAGCUUACAGCAAAAAGAGUGUAGCGUAUCUGAAAACGCUCGGCUGGCAACGGUUUCCGACUUGAACUGGGAUCCGACCCCACCGAUCAUCGCAUCAAGCGGAGCUUAGCU